GGGAAACCAGAGGCUGUAGCAACCCUGGAAAGGAGCAGAUGCCUCCGAACAGCCUGAGGCCUCGGGCAGCUGGCCAAGUCUAGCUGCUAUAAAAGGGAGCGGACACUCAGCCGGGCAUAUCCUCUGGCAGCUCUGUUUCGAGUAGACCUGGUGGCGCAGAUCCUUGGACACCAUGCUGACAGAUCUGGAGGGCGCCAUAAACAACAUCAUCCAAGUCUACCACAACUACUCCUUGCUGAAGGGCAAUCACCACGCCAUCUACAGGGAUGACUUGAAGAAACUGUUAGAGACGGAGUGUCCUCAGUUUCUGAAGAAAAAGAAUACAGACACCUGGUUCAAAGAGCUGGACAUCAAUGAGGACGGCGCAGUGAACUUCGAGGAGUUCCUCAUCCUGGUGAUCAAGGUGGGCCUGGCAGCCCACGAAGACAUCCACAAAGACACCCACAAAGAGUAGCGGAGCUCCCACGCCCGGGGGCGGGGCCCGGGGCCUGUCCCCUUAGAGGAAUAAAGUAGUUCGUACCUCA